AAACGUGGCUUACACAUGAAACCCAUUUCAGUUGUAAUUUUAUUUUCAUACCCCAAAACGAAAACAUAGAAAAAGUUUCAGUUUUUUUUCCACCCACGCCCACCAUUUCCUUCUUUCUUUCUUCAAUGGUUGCCUAAAACACUUGGGCCAUUUUUGUUGAAAAAAAAGAAAGAAGAGGAUUCGGAACCUAGUGUUGUGUGAGACGUGUGAGACGUGUGAGACGCGUGAGAGCAUUAGUGGCGGUGGUGGUGGCUCUUGCUUGUCUCUGCUUUUCCAUGUGCUUAGUUGGUUAUCCUUUCACCUUUUAGACCCGAAACCGGGAACGCAGCUAGUUGGAGAGAAAGACGCUAUCGCCACUAGUUACUUAUGUGUUGCAAAAAAGAUGCUCUUUUUAUCAGUCCUUUUGGGUGUUCGCUAAUCUGUACGCAUUUGAUUUCUGUGCUGCUCGGUUCUCCUCGGAUCCAAUUCAUCAGGUUUUCUUGUAAGAUAAGACUUGGACCGAGAGCUGUUAUAUAGUGCGGUCCACCAACCAACCUAUGUAAUACAGUUCGGGGCAGAACAUAGAGGAAGGUUUAUCUGCCAUUGAUGUGUGCUAUUUGAUUGGGGUCGGCAGAUGGAUGAUAAAUUUGUAGAUGCUCAGAAAUACCACGCGGGACAAGAGGAUUCAUUGCAUACAGUGAGCGAGGAGCGGGAAUCAUCAGGAGAAGGUACUUUAAAUUCGACUGGCUCAAAAUUGAAAAGGUUGAUCACAUGGUCAAAUCCACAGCAUGCACUAAUUUCAAAUGUUAAGCGUUCGCAAAUUAGUAAAUGUUGCAUAAAAGGUUCCUUGUUUCAAAGUGGUAUUAGCUUUGACUGUAGGAUUCCAAAGCAUAUACUGAGCUUAGAUGAAAAAUUUCGUCGUAAAUGCAUGGAAUUGAUUCAUAUUAGUGCAUUCAAAGUAGCUCGAUGUAAUUCAGCUGUGAAAUCGAGCUCUUCAAAGAUCAGUGCUUUGCACGAGCGCUUGAAUGUUGCUGAAAUUAGAAGUGGAGAUACAUGUAGUUCUGCUAGAUUCGUGAUUGAAUGUCCAUUGGAAGCUGGAGGUGGGAGUGUAGUAAUAAGCCCUUCUGGACGGUGGAUUGUAGGUAGAGUUAUGGGGAGCAAGAGUAUGACAAACAUAUUAAAAAGCCCUUUGUUUCACCAAUUUGGGCCCUUAGGUGGCAAUACAGACUUGAGAAGAAUAGACUGCAAUAAUGACAAAGGCUCGAUAUGCUAUGAUUACACAGACUCACCUGGCGGAUUUAGUUUCUCUUCAUCACCGAUGCUAGAAAAGGAAAAACCAAUUAAGGGAAGCCAUAAAAAUGAAUUUGAUGCCGGCCACAAAAGACUUGCUUCUAUCUGCAGCACAAACUCAGCGUCAUCUGAUCAAUCUUCUGCUUCUGCUUUCGCCACUGUCUCUCGGGGAAUGCUUCAAUGCACUUGGAAGGGAGGGAAUCCUCAUUUUGUUUUCUCCACGGAUGAACAAGGGGAGAUCUAUGUAGCCAACUUGUGGAAAGUUGAGUCUGAAGAGGAUAAGACUCUGGACUAUAUAUAUUUGUUUCAUUCAGGAAAGGGUGGGCAAAAGGACCAUGAGAUUCGUGAUACUGAGUCGCAACUUGUUGGUAAGAUGAAAGUCAAUAAUUUGGUCUCCCUCUGCCCAAACAAUUCAAAGAUCAUGGAGACUGAAUUUGUUUUGUUUGGUGGUGGUAUUGAGAUACAAGCUUCUAGCCAUAACCUCAGGAAGAGCAAGGGGUUAUCGAAAAAGGUGGUUGAGGCGUUCAGGACAAGUCACUCAUCCAAACAAAGAACCAUCUCCAAAUUGAGUGGACCGUGCUCCAUAGUUGAAAAUCCUUCUCAGGAGCCAUGCCUUGAUACAGGCAACAAUCAUGAUGCUCUAGGUGUGCCCAACUUGUUAGAAGAUCAUCUCCCUCCAAAUUUCGAAUUGGCUUCCAUUGUUGUGAAAGACCAUCUCCCUGAUGAUCGAAAGGAGGAAGCUGGAGGUUGGGGUUUGAAAUUUCUGAAGAAAGUUGGGAAUAAGAAAAUCAGUAACUCCGUGGAGGCUUCAGUACCUAUCAAAUGUUGUCGUAAUAAUAGUGAUUUCUCUACCAGUAUGGAUGUCCUAGUCCCAGCAGGAAUUCACGGUGGGCCAAGGACCAGAAAUGGUGGUCCUUCAAGUCUUACUGAAAGAUGGAGAUCUGGUGGACAGUGUGACUGUGGAGGUUGGGAUCUGGGGUGCCCUCUCACAGUACUCAAAACCAAAUCAAGCAAAAAAGACAUUUUGCCUCAAUCUGACAUUCCGGAGGAGUGCAAGUCGUUCGAAUUAAAUAGAAUGGGUUCAGAGCAUGGUCCUUCUGCAUGGAGGAUGUUGAAUGUCCAUGAUGGAUUGUAUUUUGUUCAUUUUCAACCAUCUCUGUCAACUCUGCAGUCUUUCGCAAUUGCAGUAGCGAUUAUCCAUGCACAGAGUCCGGCCCUCCAACCCAAAUGUACAGGCGUUUUAACUACCAAAGUCCAGGGUUUGAAAAUUAUGUAGUUUUUAUAACUUUUACUUUACACAGCAGUCGGUAAUUUACAAUACAGAUGUAUUUAGGAUUGAGAUGAUUUCUAUUUAGUUUUGUGGUUUUCAGUUAGCGUGAUAUAGUGAUAUCAGACAGUUUUCUGAUUCUAGGUUAGUUGGCAUUGGUUGGGAUUUAGUCCUUGGUUCUUAGGCCACAAACCCUUGUAAUCUGCUCCUUUUUAUUGAAUGUACGAGGUUGUGAUAUUAAUUGAAGUGAUGGCAAAUCAUCUUGAAGCCAA